AUGACCUUCACAAGUCAGCUGAUUGUGGAGCGCUCAGGAAAAGGCAGCCGAGCUUCUGUGAAAGAGCAAGAAUACCUGUGCCACGUCUACGUGAGAAAUGACAGUCUUGCGGGAGUGGUCAUUGCUGACAGUGAAUACCCGUCCCGGGUGGCUUUUACCUUGCUAGAGAAGGUACUAGAUGAAUUCUCCAAGCAGGUCAACAGGAUAGACUGGCCAACUGGAUCCCCUGAUACCAUCCAGUACACAGGCCUGGACAGUCACCUCAGUAGAUACCAGAACCCCCGAGAAGCUGACCCCAUGACUAAAGUGCAGGCUGAACUGGAUGAGACCAAGAUUAUCCUGCACAACACCAUGGAGUCUUUAUUAGAAUGA